AUGACUAUAAAAUUUUUAACGAAAUACGAAGGCGAAUUAAAUAAACCUGGUUUCAAAGAAAAGUUUGGAUCUCUAUAUGAAACAUACAAAACUGAGUCAAUCAUGCAUAAGCUCACAAGCGUCAUAUUUUUCCUGAGAAGACUUUUUCUUGCUAUAAUCUUUGUUAUGAUUAUUGAAAGUGCAGUGAUUUAAAUUUACUUUCUAAUCUAGUCUUCUUUUUUCAUGCUUAUAUAUCAAAUUGCGUUCAUGCCUCAUACUCAAAAAAGCCCUUAAAAAAUAGAAAUAUUCAAUGAAGCCACUCUACUGAUUGUUGGUUAUUGUCUUAUUCCAGUUGCCAUAGAUACUUUUAAUGAAGAUUCAAUAGUCAGAAGGUAAAGGGAAGAAUGCGAGCUAAGAAAUCAAGCACAUCUAAAAACAACAAAUAAAAAAUAUUUAAAAAUUCUUCAGUCAUAACUGAUAAAAAUCCACUUCCACUAACCAAUUAAACAAAUGUUUUUCAAGAAAUCAACAAAUCAAAGAAAAAAUUAAAAGAAAAGAGCAAUUAAGCAACAACUCUUACUAUGA